AUCACCUACAACACGAACACCACUUCACUAUCACCCUUGCGCCGCGUUUUCCUAAGAACCUGCAUCAUUUAGGACAGCUUUCCGAAUGCGGCAAGCCUAUGGUCCGACCAUGGUCAUAGGUCAUUACGGCAUGCUGCGAUCGAGGCCCUCAGUCGGAUCCCAAUCCUGGUUGCACCUGACAUUUUUUUUAGGUUCCAAUCCUGUGCGUCGAAGUCAGACCUGAUUGAUCUGGCCAGUCUUUUUUGGAUUUUAUUACGUCAAGCGCACGCUCCCCUCCUCGAAGCUGCAGGCCACAGCGUUUUUUUAAUCUGGUAGGCUCCCCAAUCGCCGAUUUACCAUGACAUGGCUGCCGCUUAUCCGUUGUUCGGUCUCUAUUCGCCAGCUCGGGCAAUAGCUCUACUGUCGGCAAGACACGUGUCACCAAUAGAAGCGCUCGCCAGCUCGGGGGCCACAGCUUUCACGUCGCUUAGCUCCUCCUUUUGCUGCUAGUAGCACACAUCGCCUCGCCUCGCCUCGCCUCGCCUCGUCUCGCCUCGCCUCGCCUCGCUACGAAAUUCGUCGUUCUGCACUGCACCCCUCCCCCUCCCGUGGAGGAGGGAGUCCCUGUCCUCCGUGGUCACAUUCACGAUGGUGCGCGCCGCCCUAGCGCUAGCGCCUUCACACCCUCCUAAGCCUCCGAGUCGGACCCUCGUAGCAAUACUACCACCCUCCUCCUUCGCCGGUACUGGUACCGCCCGCGCUAAAAAAAUACACGUCGUCGUCGUAGGUGCUUCGCACGAGCGUGGAUUAGCCUUAAAAGCGUCCUCCAAGCGUCAAGGCCCUUCCUCGACCGUCGCUUCUCACGCCGUUUCUUCUUUCCAUGGCCGCUGCCGUUUCCGCAGCGACUCGCGUACCCACGACUCGGGCUCACGAGACGUCUCUGCGCCAUCAUAGCCGUCAGAAUAAUCAUCGCGCCACGUCCCCUUCCGCCGCUCUCCAGGCGCAAUACGCCCCCAACCUGCAACACACGCGCACCCCGCAACAGACCGCGCCACGUGAGCGCGACUCUCUCUCCGUCACGCAUCUCCCGCCGUCGCCGCGCAUGGCGGAACGACAAGCGGACACGGGCGCGCUCGACGGCCAGCCAACGGCCGUUUCUAGCGGCGGUGGAAGGGAGGUGUCGCAUUCCGCUGACGAAUCAUCACCAACGGAAGCCGGAACAAGGAAGCUCUGCCCCGUCGGCGCGCAAAACGCGGAGGAAGGCGAGGGGUGUCCGCAACCGGCGGCGCUGCUGCUGCACGAGCAGCCUCAGCAACAGCAGCAGCAGCAGCAGCAGCAGCAGCAGCAGCAGCAGCAGCAGCAGCAGCAGCAGCAGCAGCAGGGGCAACAGGAGUUACUAUUACAAAGACCGCCACCGCCCACGUCACUUCCCCGCGCCAUUCCGCGCAUCAGGUCCAGCUCCGCCCUCCCCGGUUGCGGAGAAGAUCCUUCCGCGGGCGCGCCGACCCUCUCCCCCGCGCCUUCCGCCCUCUCCCCCGCGCCUUCCGCUCUCGCCCCCACGCCUUCCGCCCUCUCGUUCCCUGAAGGAAACGACCACCUCUCGGCGGCUCAGGAGGCGGCGCUCUGGUCGGCGCGCUUUGACUGGAACCAGUUCCAUAGGUCCUUGGUAACGGCCCGCGCGGCGGCUGGGAGUGCAGCGGUGGCGGCGGCGGCGGCGGCGACUGGCUUGGGACCAUCGAAUCGUGGCAUCACCCGCGCGCGAACUGCCGCAGCCGCCGUUCAGCAGGUGGUCGCGGCUCGUACUAGCAGCGGGAGUUGCGGCGACGGAGGCGGUGGGGGGGUUGGAGGGCCAUUUGCCAGCGGCGGCGGCGGCGACGGCGGCCGUAGAAGCGCGGUGAAAAGCGACGCUACGCACCGCCGUUGCUGCUCUUUAACUACGGUCUUGAGCACGCAACCACCAAGCGCGCAAGUCACGGGCGCGCAAGUCGCGGGCGCGAAAGCUACUGGCGCGAAAGCCACGGGCGCGGAAGUCACUGGUCCGCAGCUCCCAAGCGCGCAAGUCACGAGCGCGCAAACGGGCGGCGCGCCGCAGCGGCGCUCUCCGCCAACGUCGCCGGUGCUCAUGCCCUACACACCUUCGUAUCCAAGCAGCAAGAGUUCUCCGCGCACCGCCGCUACGGCGGCUAGCGCUCUAACGUCCCCGCGCCGACCGGGGCUUGCGGGCCCUCCGCCACCGGCGCGGCGCAAAAUGGUUCCGCGGACGCACUCCGCGGAUUCGAUGGGCGCCCAGUUACCGGCGGGCGCGCAGAUACAGGCGCAUGCGGUGCUUGCGCAAGGAGGGCCCUUUGUGCGGAGUCAGGGGGGGGCUAGGGUUCGAGGCGUGACGGUUGCGCAAGGGGCGAUUGCGCAGGACGGAAAUCUGCAGGGAUUGGCGCAAAAAGGAGUUUCGCAGGGCUUGGCGGAAGGAGGCAUUUCUCAAGGGAAUCCGCUGGCAGCUCCGCGCAAACCAGCGCAACAGGCGGUUCGGCCGGAGCUGCAAAUUCAGAGUUUGGUGACCUCAAGUUUUGAGGGCAAUUCGCCCUUAUUUAUUGCAACUUCUGCUGGCGGUAUUUCCCCUUCUGAUGGUUCGACCUGCAGCAGCCCAGCCAAAAUUUCUCCCACCGGAGGUCUCACCUCCCCCAGUACCUCCCUCCCUUUCCCAAGCCUCACCUGCUCCAGCAAUAACAGCCCAAACGAAAAUAACCUCGAUAAGAGCAGUUCCGCUUCCCUUACAAUCUCCACCUCCCCAAAAAUUGUCUCCCCUCCUGGCGGUUCCCCCUCCCCUGCUUUUGAAUGCUUUUCCCCUCGAGGUAACACCUCCCCUGGUACUGCCUCCCCCAAACCAGUUCUGACCUCUCCACGGACAGGUAUCACCUCUCCUAAUGCAAAUACCACCUCUCCCAGAGCAGUUGCCACCUCCCCCAAAGCCAGUACCACCUCUCCCAGGGCAGUUGCCACCUCCCACAGAGCAGGUAUCACCUCCCCAAGGGCAGGUCCCACCUCCCCCAGAACCGCAGGAAGCGCAGCCUCUGCUGUUGUGCGGCUGGGAUCAAAGGCGGGAGGUCCGAGAUUAGGGUUUGUGGACUGGGCCGGACUCAGAAACACGGGGAAGGUGGCUUCUGGUGCAAGCACAGCAGGGGUGGGAGCAGCAGCAGGAGUAGGAGCCAGAGCAUUAGUGGAAGGAGCAGGGGCAGGAGCAGGAGCAGGAGCAGGAGCAGGAGCAGGAGCAGGAGCAGGAGCAGGAGCAGGAGCAGGGGCAGCAGCAGGAGCAGGAGCAGGAGCAGCAGCAGGAGCAGGAGCAGGAGCAGGAGCAGGCGCAGCAGCAGGAGCAGCAGCAGGAGUAGGAGCAGGAGCAUUAGUGGAAGGAGCAGGAGCAGGAGGAGCAAGAACAGGAGGAGCAAGAACAGGAGGAGCAAGAGCAGGAGGGGGAGCAGGAGCAGAAACAGUGGCAGGGCCACGGCUUCGAAAGGCCAAAAUUCGGCAUCACUACAGGAAUGUGCCUCUCACUCCUCCUGCCUAUCCAACCACUUUCAACCUCUCACCACCACAUUCAGCCACUCCUCCCUUUACGCACUCAAAGCACCCCUACCGCCCACCCAUACCCUUUACAACAGGUCUCAUUGCAGUUACAGGCAGUUUACCUCCAAUCGGCACUUUGAAUCCUCCAUUUUCCUCUGGCUUGCUUCCUCCUGCCGUGCUUGCUACCACUGCUGCUGCUGCUGCUGCUGCUGUUGCUGGAGAAGCUUCCGGGAAACUCUGGAGGCGUUCCGCAUCCUCCCCCAACCUUCUCCCUCCCCCCUCCCCUGGAUCCGCCUCUCCCUCCCCCCUCCUCCCCCCCUCCCCUUCUCUCCUCUCCCCCUCCCCUCACACUUCCCUGCACUCUCCCCCUACGCUUCCCCCUUCCCCUACACUCUCUCCCCCUCCUCCAUCCCCUUCCCUCAUCUCCCCUCCUCUCUCAUCCCCCUCCUUCUUCAACGGUGCAAACCUGAGCACCAGUCCAACGGCAAAGCCUCUAAGCCUAUCCACGUCAUCCGUGUCCACGUCACCCGUGUCCACGUCAGCUCAGCUGGAGGAGGCCGCAGCAGCGGCAGCAGCAUGUGCAGUGGUAUCAGCAGGGAGAGGGCCGUUGGAAGCGUUGCAAGCAGCAGCCGCUGUUAUAUCCGGUGCUGCAACAAUGACAGGGGUAGCAUGCAGAGAAAGAGGAGGAGAAGCAGCAGUGGCAGCAGCAACAGCAGGAGUUUUAGGAGGGGGGGGAGGAGCAACAGCAGCUCCACCAACAGCAGCAUCAGCAGCAGUAGGAGAGGCUAGUACAAGAGCUUCAUUUAGAAAAAACGCCCCCACACCCAUCGUGGUCCCCUCUCUGUCACAGCCCCGUGCGUCUGUUUCUCCCAGCCCUAAAUCCAUCCCCUCUCCUGCCAAACCUUCCUCUCACGUUCUCCUUCCUAGCCCUGCAGCUCCUCCCGUACCUGUGUCGCAGGCCCGGUUGCCUAGCCAAGGCUCGGCAGCCAGGCCCCCACGCACCACGUCUCCUGUGGUCCGCUUUUCCGUGCCUGAAGCUUAUGCCGAGGCAAGAGGUGCAGGCUCGUUAUCCAAACAGCAGCAGCAGUCGGCGCAGCAGCAGCUGUUGCUCCAGCAGCAGCAGGGUCAGCAGUGGGAAUGUGGCAAGUCAGCAGCACUCCCGAAAACGAAGAGCCAACAGGCAAGCCCCCGACGAGUGAGCUUCGACUGGCAGCAGCAGCCGCAGCAGCAGCAGCAGCCGCAGCCGCAGCAGCAGCAGCAGCCGCAGCCGGAGCAGCAGCAGCAGCAGCAAAAGCAGCAGGUGCAGAAGAGUGCCCCCUACGCUGGAGUAGCAUCGUCAUCAGCACUAUCUGGCAAGAGUCCUUUGCGCAGCCCGAGGAGAGUGAGCUUUGAGUCGACCCAGGCCCACAAGUCACCGAGUCCAAGGAGAGUGAGCUUCGACUCAACUCAGGAUCACAAGUCACCUAGCCCAAGGGCUGUGAGCUUUGACUGGCAGGUGGAGGAACAAACGGGAGGCUCAUCCCUGCAGAAACAGCAGCAGCAGCAGCAGCAGGAGGAGGGUGCGUGUGCAGCCACAGGACCACCAUCAUCAUCAUCAGCAGCAGCAGCAGCAGGACCCUUUGCAACGAGCCCUCAGCCCAGCCCAAGGCGAGUGAGCCUUGAUGCGACGAAGAAAACACCGAGCCCAAAGAGUGUGAGCUUUGAGUCGGCUCAGAAUCACAAGUCACCGAGCCCCCGGGGAACGAGCUUUGACUCAACAAAAAAAUCACCUAGCCCUAGGAGAGUGAGUAUCGAUUCCUCUCUGACUCGCAAAUCCUCGAGCCCUAGGAGUGCGAGCCUAGAGGCAGCUCACAACUCCCCGAGUCCAAAGCGGCGAGUGAGCUUUGACAAGAGGGUCGAGGUGGUGACCCUGGAGGCAAACGGGGAGGAGGAGGGGGAGAGAGAGGAGGAGAGAGGGAGUUCGGGAGGGAGGGAGCGGCUUCAGCAGAGAGGGGGGGCUUGGAGUGGGAUCCGGGUGGCAGGAAGGGCUACUGCUGCUGGCGUUGCUGCUGCUGUUUCUGGUGGUUCGGGUGGUAGUGGUGGUGGUGGUGGCAGUGCUGCUGCUGUUGCUGGUGGUGCGAAUGGUAGUGGUACUGGUGGUGGUGGUGGUGCUACAGCUGCUGCUGCUGCUCCUGCUCCUGCCGCUGCUGUCUCGCCACCGCUACGGAUGGGCAUUGCAAUGGCGAGCCCAAAACGAAGUGCUCUGAAAGGCAGCAGCAGCAUGCGAGGUGGGGAUGCUGCCACGACCACCAGUGUUGCCCCUGCUCUUGUUGGUGCUGUGGCUCCUUCCAGCGAUUCUGCUGCAGCGCCUGCUGCAACUGGGUUGAGUUCAAGUGACACAGACACCAGCAGUACGUGCAGCAGCAACCACAGCAGCAGCAGCAGCAGCAGCGAUGGGAGCAGCAGCAGCAGAAAACGAAUUUCUUCUCGCAGCAAGGCUGCUUGUGCAUCUCCAUCAGCAGCAGCAGCAAUCCCAGCCAGUCCACGCAGGGUCACUUUUCCUGACCUAACUACCAUGAACGAAUCCUCACACAACAGCAGGUCACACUCAGCAGCAUCUCUAACAGCCCCCCUCACAGCCACCCAUGUAACCACCAACACAGCCCCUAGCUCACAGGCGAGCCACCUAGACCAGUGUUCUCUUCCCAGUGGGUCCCCAAGCCCUAGGGAAGUCAGCUUCAGUGGAUGUGUGCCACUGGCGUCCGACAAUGGUUGGAGGGCAGCAGAACCACCACCAGCAGCACCGCCAGCAGCACCACUGCCAGCAGCAGCACCACCAGCUGCUGCACCUGCAGCAUCAUUACCAGGGGCAGCAGCAGAGCUGGCAGCAACCGGACCUGUAGCUAAGGGGCCAGUUGCAGUUGUGCCUCCCAGUCCCAGGAGAGUUAGCUUUCGUAAGAUGGUGGAAGUGAGGGUGUACCAGGAUAGAGACUAUGGGUGCCGUGCGGAGAGUGAUACAAGAGGCAAGAAACAGGGAUGAGAUGGGAGGGCACGUGGCACUGAGGAGCAGGUCCUGCUGGUAGCUGCUUGUUCAGGUGGAUUUUUUUUUCCAGUUUUCUCAUCCAACCUUAGAAUAUGUACGGAGCUUGAUGAAUGAAUGGAGCAUUUUAGAGGGCUUUUGUAUUGAUUUGGGACCGAUGAAGUGCUUGUAAGGAGGACGCUC